AUGGCGGCCGCCGAGCCCAAGCCCCCCGUGGGGGCGGCCGCGGCCGGACGCCUGGCCAGGAGCUGCUGGUCCGCGUUCUGGGACUACGAGACGCCCAAGGUGAUCGUGGUGAAGAACCGGCGCUUGGGCAUCGUGUACCGCGCGGUGCAGCUGCUCAUCCUGCUCUACUUCGUGUGGUACGUGUUCAUCGUGCAGAAGAGCUACCAGGACAGCGAAACGGGCCCCGAGAGCUCCGUCAUCACCAAGGUCAAGGGCAUCACCUUGUCCGAGCACAAAGUGUGGGACGUGGAGGAGUACGUGAAACCCCCGGAGGGGGGCAGCGUGUUCAGCAUCAUCACCAGGAUUGAGGUCACCCCCUUCCAGACCCUCGGAACAUGCGCCGAGAGUAUGAGGGUCAGCAACGCCACCUGCGACUCGGACAAAGACUGUGUGGCUGGGCAGCUGGACAUGCUGGGAAACGGCGUGCGGACCGGGCGCUGCGUACCUUAUUACCACGGGUCCUCCAAGACCUGCGAGGUGUCGGGCUGGUGCCCGGUGGAAGACGGGGCCUCAGUCAGCCAAUUUCUCGGUACGAUGGCCCCCAACUUCACCAUCCUCAUCAAGAACAGCAUCCACUACCCCAAAUUCCAGUUCUCCAAGGGCAACAUCGAGAACCGGAAGGAUGGCUACCUGAAGCACUGCACGUUCCAUGAGGUCUCUGACCUCUACUGCCCCAUUUUCAAGCUGGGCUACAUCGUGGAGCAGGCAGGGGAAAACUUCACAGAGCUGGCACACACGGGUGGUGUCAUUGGGGUCAUUAUCAACUGGGACUGUGACCUGGACCUUUCAGCGUCAGAGUGCAACCCCAAAUACUCCUUCCGGAGGCUGGACCCCAAGCACAUCCCAGCCUCAUCCGGCUACAACUUCAGGUUUGCCAAGUACUACAAAAUAAAUGGCAGCAUCACCCGCACACUCAUCAAAGCCUAUGGGAUCCGCAUUGAUGUCAUCGUGCAUGGACAGGCGGGGAAGUUCAGCCUGAUUCCCACCAUCAUUAACCUGGCCACAGCGCUGACCUCCAUCGGGGUGGGCUCCUUCCUCUGUGACUGGAUCUUGCUAACAUUCAUGAACAAAAACAAGGUCUACAGCCAUAAGAAAUUUGACAAGAUGGUGGAUGCUCCCGAGCGGGGUGCGGGACCAGGGCUUUGCGCUUCCGAGCCUUCCCAACAGGACUGCGUGCUCACAGAUGCCCGAGGUUUGGCCCAGCUCUGAGCCUACUUCCACCUUCUGCCACACUGCACUUAAGGCCCCGGGCGUGUCAGGGGCCUCUGACGUCUGAGGCCCCAGGACAGCCCCAUGCUCUCCAGGGCAGCACAGCUGGGACUGUGGACAGGGGCCCCGCCCAUACACCUCAGCAAAACCAGCAGCCAAAGGGUCUCCAUGCAGCUAGGUCGUGGGGUGAAGUGAAUGGGACGACCUCCUCCUCCAUCUUAGCCCCCAACUGCUCAGGGGUUUGUAAGGGCCAAGUCCCCACCUCCUCCCUAGCUGCCUGCCUCCCAGGCUCUUUGCUCCUGCCCACCCACCCAGCCCUACCCAGACCCUCUGCUUGCCUCAUAGCUAAGAAAUCACAUAUCCACUGUCCAAUAAAACUGUGACCAG